UUUUAUAUCCUAGUUACAUAUUUCUUAGGCCAGUUGAGCGGUGCGUUUUAAACAAGUUAUUGUGCGGCAGCAACGGGAAUAGAUAUACCAUUUUUUUAAGUAAUUAACGACGCGCCUUUCCAUGUUGGUUAAAUUUCACACACUCAGUGGGAAAAUCGAGUCGUUCGUAAUUAACCGCUGUCAUGUCGCCACUCCGGGUAGGUUAUACAGGACCAAGUGAGUUCUGUGGCGUGGUCACUCUUAUAAAAAUCAAUCCUCGGAAUUCAUCUCAUUUUGUAAAUACUAGAAGAAGCGAGACUCUGGCUAGCGAUGGCGUGCGAGCGAGCGAGAAAACGCGUUAUGUAUUAUUAUUCGAGCGUCGAAUCGGGAGAAACCUGCGUGCGGGCCUCACGGGCGGCACCGCUACCCGCGCCGCCCCGCUCCCCCGCCGAUCAUAUGUUCGUGAGCGAGGCGCGCGCCGGCGCUCUGCCGCUCACUGCGAGUCGCGCACUCGUCGCCGCCGCAACACCGCCAGUGGCGCUUGAUCAGCUGUCCGCGCGGAGCAGCAAUAGCGAGUACCGCUCCCGUGUCCGGCCGGCCGCAGUUCGGUGCGCGAUGGACCUACUGUGCGAGGAACGCGUCAGCCCGAGUAGCGCCAGCAGCGCAGGCGAGCCGGCCGCGGCCGCGCCGGUCCCGCGCGCUGCCGGUUGCGACCCCGUGCUGCUGCGCCGCCGCGUGCUCGACAACCUGCUGCGAGCCGAGGAGCGGUACGCCGUCACAGCCAACUACUUCGCCACCCUGCAGACGGAGAUCACCCCCCACAUGCGCCGCCUCGUCGCCGAGUGGAUGCUAGAGGUGUGCGAGGACCAGAGCUGCCAGGAGGAGGUAUUCCCGUUGGCUAUGUCUUACUUGGACCGGUUUUUGAGCACGUGCGCGGUGGGCAAGAGCCAGUUGCAGCUGCUGGGCACGGCCUGCUUGCUGCUCGCCUCCAAACUGCGGGAGCCAGGCUCGCGCGGCUUGCCCGCCGAUCUACUCGUCUUCUACACCGCCAACAGCAUCACUCUUGCCGAUCUCUGCAGCUGGGAGCUGCUGGUGUUGUCAAAGCUGAAGUGGGACGUGGCGGGAGUGACGGCGCAUGAUUUUCUGCCUCUACUGCUGGCGCGCCUGCCCCUGCCCGCCCUCGUCAACACCGACAUGGUGCAGCGUCACGCACAGACCUUCAUAGCUCUAGCUGCUAGAGAUUACGAGUUCACGCUGUAUUCGGCGAGCACGUUGGCCUGCUGCAGCAUUGCGGCGGCGCUGCGCGGCCUCUGCAUGGACGGUCACCUGCCACGCCUGCGAGACCUCACCGGCAUUGACUUGGACUGCCUCCAGACAUGCCUCGAGCAGAUAGAGGAGAUGGUGCAGGUUAUGAUAGAGGAGCGUGUCGCGACGGCCCCAAACGGGCAGGCGCGCGCGGCGGCAGGGGGCUGGACGCCGCCGCCCGCGCAGCCCAAGGCGCACACCAGCGCCGCCACACCCACUGACGUGCGUGACGUGCACUUCUAGCGCCCUCGGCCCGCACAAUGCGCCGCAGCGCCGCAGCGCCCCUGGCGUGCGCCACGUGCACUCUAAGCAUCCCCACCACUGCCGCCGCCCGCAGCCGGUGCAUGGAAACUAUCGCUUUAAUUACCAUGUGUAUAAGUACGAGAAUACUUUAAACUACAACGUUUAGUUGCAACGGUGAAUCCGUGAUCGAGGACUGAUAUAAAGACUGACGAUUACAUGUGUCUAACAUAGGUACCUUUUUGAGUGUUAAAUGUAAGUCCUAUUCGGUUAAUAGGUUAAGCCCCGCGUGCUACUUCAGUUAACUUUCAGCGUCGGGUUGUCUCGCCGCAGCACCGGGCCAGGUGUCCGAGCUCUCGCCAGUUCUAACUCAGGAUGUGGUACCGCUUGCGCAUACACUUUCCAUUUCAUGCUUUUUGAAAUUACAAUCUACCUCUUAAUGUUUAAGAUCAUCAACUUUGUUCGAUGAAAGCACAUUCAAUAAAAGGAAUAGUUAUUAUAAAUUUAGGUGUAAGGCAGAUGUUUAUAUGGGACCAAAGGUGAAAUUGAUCGAGUUGAACAAAGAACGAUGUAAUUAAAUUCCAGAAAACUAUGUUUAUUCAAAAUUAAUGGGUAAUCCCAGUUCGAUUGAACAAGCAUUUAAGUUUCAGUUCAUAUUGAAAGUUGAAACAUACUAAUGAACUAUAUUUAGUUGAUUUCUUGUACUAUAAGUAGAAAUAUCUGUUUUGUUGCAUAUAACAGAGUAAAUAAGUAAAUUAUCUAUUAAAUAUAUUAAAAUAUAAAUAUAAUACCAUCUGACUACAUAUAUGUCGAUCGACUUCAACUAACAUCGGGGGAAGGCAAUAAAAUACGCUUUUAUUUUGUAAAAAUAAAACUUAUGUUCAACUUUUAUAUAGUAACUAUGUAUAUUAUAUUUUCUACUUAUUCCAGUAACAGUUAUAAAGCGACAUCGUUCACGUAUGCACAUAAAUAUAGUUGUCGAGUUAUUUAGACGAAGGGCUGUAUAUUUUGUAUGGAUUGCGGGCAACACUGCCAAUGUUCCUUUGCAGGUUAUCUUCAAUUAAACUAGUUAUUAGCUUACAGUUAUUGUGAUAGAUGUAGAGUUGAUUUAAUUUCGAAUCGUAGUCACUUCAAGUCAUAAUAUGUAACUUAGGGGUCCUAUUACGUUUGAAUUUAUUAUUUAGAAUGGAAGCGAAGGUAAUGUGAUUGCAUCAUGUUUAAGAUAUUAGGUUAACAGUUAGUUGUAAACAGUUUAUUUGUUCCUAUGCUUACAACCACUGUAUAUACAAUAGUCGUAUAUUUUAACUGGCAAAUAACCUAUAAAAUUGACAAAUUAUAAAGAUAUUAAACAGACUGAAACCAAGAAUUGUUUCUUGUCUUGACUGACCUACAAGAUAUUUUCCGAAACUGUACUGAAUUGUACUUAAGAAAUCUACACUAUAGAUAUCAAUAUAUUCAAUACCGUUUCAUAUACUAUGUGAUAUUGGUUUAUAGAGCAUAUCGCAAGAUACGCAGAUUUAAUUUAGAUAAAAAGUAAAUUUAAUUUUAUUGUUAGUAAGAUCUUUAUAUCCGUUUGUAAUUAAGAAUUAUAUCAAAUGUCUUCCAUUGAUAUACAAUUGGGAAAAAUCGACACUAAGAUUGCCGAAGUACCCAAGUUCAUAUGAUUUAUGUAAAUACAUAGAAUAAAAUGUAAAUAAUGUCUUAUGCUCUAAGCAUUCGGUGCCAUAAGUUAUUAUAUGAUAAAAGUAUUUCGUAAACUUUUAAAGAGAGGAUUUAAUAGAAAUAGUAAAAGAACCAUAUUUCAAUAACCUAUAUACAACAGAAGUUUCGUAUGAUCUAAACGUGUAAAUUAUAAGGAAUACGGUUGUGGUUAUACCUAUAUUAGGAAAUUCAAAAUUGACAUAGUUAAAUAGACAUUUAAUAAAUAUUUUUUUAUGUAAACCUAUGUGGGAAAAUAUACGCAUUAUAAGAGUUACUACAUAUGUUAUUGCUUAUUUGGCUUUUGGACUGGCUUCGGUAUAGUUUAGGAUAUUAGAUAUUAUUGUUAUGAUUUAGAAUAAAUGUUUAAUGUAUGCGACAGAAAAACUUGAUUUUGAUUUUAUGUAAAUAUCGGCAGAUUUCUCUGCAAAGUGAUCUUUUUCUUUUGGGACGCGAACGCCCUCUGUUAUGUAAGAAGCUAAAUUCUAAAGAAACAAAUCGCGAAGUUGCGUUACUUUGAUUUUAUAUGUGAUUAUUAUGUUUAAGUUGCUCUUUGUAUUGUAUCGUUACGAGAUGUAGAUAUUUAAAAAAAUAAUAAAAACCUCAAAAAUUUA